CCCAGCAAGCAGCCGGCCUCCUCCACACCACACUGGCAACGUGUCAACGUGCGCACAUCGCCACCCUAGCAUCGGCGCGCCGGGUGGUGCACUAGCGCAGAGUCAGCGCCCUCUAGAUAUCGAGCGCCAGCACCACUCCACAUACACCUCAUAGCAUAGCCACAGCAGUCCGCGCCCGGCCUCAAAGCGAUGCCCGACUCCCACACUCGCCCGCAAUGACCCUCCGCGCCGCGCUGCUAUGCCUGCCGCUGCUGCUGCUGCAGGUCAGCGGCCAAGGCCCCCCCUUGCACGACAACGACACCUCCCCCAACGCCACCAAGCUCAAGGACCCCCUCUUCCCCGAGGACCUCUUCACGGCCGAGCAGCGUCGCUCGGGGGCCGUGGUCCUGCACGUCCUGGGCCUGGCGUACAUGUUCGUCGCGCUCGCCAUCGUCUGCGACGAAUUCUUCGUGCCGGCGCUGGACGUCAUCAUCGAAAAGUUCGACAUCCAGGACGACGUGGCGGGUGCCACGUUCAUGGCUGCGGGAGGAUCGGCCCCGGAGCUCUUCACCAGCGUGAUCGGCGUCUUCGUGUCUUUCGACGACGUGGGUAUCGGUACUAUCGUGGGCUCGGCGGUCUUCAACAUCCUCUUCGUCAUCGGGAUGUGCGCGAUUUUCUCCAGGACCGUGCUGACGCUGACCUGGUGGCCGCUGUUUAGGGACUGCUCGUUCUAUUCGCUCAGUCUCGUGACGCUUAUCAUUUUCUUCAGAGACAGUUACAUCCAAUGGUACGAGGCCCUGGUGCUGUUCAGCUUCUACAUCGCGUACGUCAGUUUCAUGAAAUGGAACCAGCCGAUGGAGAGGCUAGUUAAAAAACUGAUCUAUAAGAACAAAGUGACGAGGGUGAGGAGCACCGAUCAGCUCAUGCCAACGUCUGCCUCAGUCAGUGUCAUUGACAGCACCAAGCAUGGCAACGUGGCGACGUCGAGCGAAACCAGCGUCGGGACGCAGCCGGGCGGCAGCGUGACGUCACGAGCCGCCUCCGAGACUCCCCAGAUGCCACCUCCCACCGGGCAUCACCACACGGGGGCCAAAUUCCGGCACGGCCUCCUCCAACUCAUGAUCCACACCAUAGACCCGAUGCACGAUGGUAAAGUGGACGAGAAAGCGACACAACUGCACGCCAUAGCGUCCCUCAAGGUGCUACUCGACGCCACGAAGCCUCAAAAUGGCGCCGCGACCAGCUCGGCAGCCAAUCACGUCGGCGCAGCCGCGAAACAGGAAACGAUGCUGGCGCCAUCUGGAAUGGAGGUACCGAACGGCAUCGCCAACGCCGAUAUCAGCGUCGACGCGCGACGCAUGUCGUCAGUACGCGCCCGUAAAUCACUUACUUCUCAAGCGGUGGUAUGUCUGCAGGUUGGAGAUGGUGGUACGGUGGGUGAAAAUGACCCUCCUGAAGCCAUGGACAUGAGCUGGCCAUCAGGGGCCCGAAAGAGGAUUACCUAUUUGCUGCUGGCGCCCAUUGUCUUCCCUUUGUGGCUCACUUUGCCCGAUACCAGGUCGCCUAGAGGCAAGAAGUUCUUCCCGAUAACGUUCCUGGGGAGCAUCGUGUGGAUAGCGGCCUACUCGUACCUGAUGGUGUGGUGGGCAAACGUCGUUGGAGAGACGGUAAAGAUACCGCCCGAGGUGAUGGGGCUCACUUUCCUGGCGGCCGGUACCUCCAUCCCUGACCUCAUCACCUCUGUGAUCGUGGCUAGGAAGGGCUUCGGCGAUAUGGCCGUCUCCUCGUCAGUCGGCAGUAACAUUUUCGACGUUACCGUCGGGUUACCAGUGCCUUGGUUGCUGUUUGGCAUCAUAUACGGCAAGCCGGUGCAAGUGAACUCCGUGGGCAUGGUAUGCUCGAUAACGAUCCUCUUCAUGAUGCUGCUCUUCGUGAUCAUGUCCAUCGCCUGCUUCCGCUGGAAGAUGAACAAAGGGCUCGGUUUCACCAUGUUCUUACUUUACUUUGUGUUCGUCACCGUAUCACUCAUGUUCGAGUACAAGUACAUCAAGUGUCCCUUCUGAAGGGACCUCUGUAUCAGCGUAACACUAAGGUGGAUUUAUGCAGCAACAUUCAACAAUUGAUGCCAGUUCGUUUGAAAAGCUCAACAUGCUCAAAAAAUUAUAAAGAUCACGUAAUCUGACGUCACUGAUCUGAUUUUUAUGAUCCAGUAGGAACAUCCCCACUAAACAUAUUUCAGUAUCAGAAACAUUUCAGAAAUGUAUUUCGGAUAUCUGAAACUUUUCCAUUCAAGUCUCUCUGAAGUUUCAGAAACGUUCCAGAUGAUGUAAAUGUCCGACUUCAAUGAAGUUUCAUGGAACGUUUCAACAACAUCGUCCUAGGCACGUUCCGAGACAACCUUAUGGACACGUUCCAACUAAACUGUCUUGGAUUCGUUUCAAAUUUUGUAUAGUUUCAUAAACUCUUCAAAGAAAGUGGAUUUGGUGUUGGAAUAAAGAUACAUGGACAGUAGAAACACAAAAAUUUAUUAGUUACUACUUAUUCUUAUUUUACAAACAGUUGGCAAUCACCCAUCACACAGAUUUGAGAAAUACGAAACGCAAAUAGUCUAGUCAAGUCCAUAAUGAACACUUCUAACUGAUAUCUCUAAAAUACAAUAUACUAUCCCCAAAAGGGCGAAAGAAUAUACAGCAAACCAAUAUAAUUCGAUUGCCAAAAGGAUGGAUCCUACCUUUUAUGUUAACAGUUUCUCAUUAUGGUAAUCCGUGCCGUUCAC